CGGUGUGGGAGCGCAGCACGGAUUCUGUAUAACGGGGAAGCACUGAAAGCGAAACGGGCGAGAAACAUGAUUCGAGAGCGCCCCUGUGAUGGUUUCCACCAUGAAGGAAUUGAAAAACUCCCCUAAUUCUGCAAACGGCUUAAGAAACAGAUGAGGACAGUAAGUGAAAAGAGAGCGGAAGCGAGGGGAAGAGGAGGUGCGUCCACCAGCGAUCCAAGGCAUCUGACAGCAAGCUCAGGAACUUACUGGACCUGUACUGUAAAGUUUUACUCAGAGGUUCUGUUCGAUCCCAUUGUCUUUAUGUGAUUACCUCAGGGGCUUCCAGGAGUUUGGUAAACGAAAGGACCGUAUCGUCGAGAGUUUGGGAAUAUAAAACACGCCCCUGCUGCUCGUCGAAACACUGAAACCCUGACACCGGAUCUAUACCUUUGCUCUCCACGUCUCUCUUUUGCUCGAUAUGCUUCGCCACCUCACUCGUGUAAACUGUCGUGUGGAUCCGCUUGCGUGGAUAUCGAGUUAAGGGAACUUUGAUGUGGAAGUACACGUCCCGUGAGCUGGACACUGAACAGGACUCUGCUUUGUUUGCGCAACCUCUUGUUGUGACAGAUCGUCGUUGUGGUGUGCGGGGAUUACUUUGUUGUCUGGCCGCUUAGAGGGGCUCUUCUGCACUCUUCACCCAGCGUCUGCUGUAGGAGGGUGAAGGGAGAUCACAGCCUCGGUGACAUUGUCAGUGGAGGGUCUCUCUGUGUGUGUCACUGGAUUAAUCUGCGAUAACAUCACUCCACACUGCCGUGCUUUGUCCAGUGACCAGUCCUCCCAGAAAGCACCAGUGAAUUGGACCUAUUUUUGGAGUGAGGGAUGGGGUAAAAGUGGGCAGCUGGAAACCCAACUCCCCCUCCGCCACUUUUUCUUCCACUCUUCCAUCACAUUACCUUGCUCAGCUUAGCCUGGCCCACCAGCCAGAAUGCUGGGCAAGCCUGGCUAGACCAGGGUCCCCUUACAACCAGUUGCAAGAAAGGACAGGUUGAAGUGAUUUUGCUGUCUGGCCAUGAAGUCUUACUAUUCCUCUGAGCGCUGGCUGGACUGAAUUCUACUGUAAAAAGGCUGUGCUUGACCGGAGUACACCAGGCUUGAAUACAACCACAAUAUGGCAAGGGAACUUUAUUUGUGCACUUUAGGUUAAACCCACCCUGGGAGAGCCAAUAAGCUAGUUUAUUUUGCUGUAUUCAUUCUUGGACACUAACAAACCCUUGUUGACAAACAGAUUGAGUGUAACAUCUACUUUUGACUACCUAAAAAGUCACCAGCAGUCUGGAGCAGUACAAAAGUCCACCACACAGAAAUUUACAACUGAAGCUAACCAAAUAUUAUAUAACUCCCCCAACCCCAAGAAACAGAGUAUAUAUGUAGAAUGAAAAAUCUAUGUCUAUAGUGUAACUUCACAGAAGUUGCAUUUAUAUUUUUACUUCAGAGAGACAAGCUGCCUGUAAGCCAAUUGAUUGCCUUAGAAACCACAGUAACAAAAGAAGGAAGAGAGGAAAAGCCAGAGAAGAAGGUGCCUUUGAUUGGUUGGCUGGUUUCCCACACCGUUUCAAGAAUUAUUCACAUUUUCAUAUUGAACUCUGGGAUUUAAAACACACCUAAAGACGGUUACCUUAAGCCCCCACUGCUGUUGUCACUUAUUAGAUGGUACCCACCUGCCAAAACAUUUAAUUGAAGUGUUUCCCUGCUGGAUUGACCUACUGCCCAAGAGUUUCCAUGGUGAUCACAUCAACAUCGGUGGAGGACAAGCCGGUGCCCUCAUGCAGGAUGGUCCAGUCCGAACCCUGGAUAGCCUCAGCAUUGCUCCGCAAGAACAAGAGUGUAAGCAGCUCAGGAUGUCCGCCCACCUCCUCCUCCUCCUCCUCCUCCUCCUCCUCCUCCUCCACUGCCCAGGGCUUCUCCCUCGCUGAGCCAGCCAUGACCAGCCAGCACACACAUACACACCCCUCCUUCAGCUCUAUCCACUCCAUGGCCGAGCAGCAGCAGGUGCUGUCUGAUAUGACCAUACUCCAGCGGAGAAUCCCCCCGAGUUUCAGAGACCCUGCCAGCGCCCCUUUAAGGAAACUCUCCGUUGACCUCAUCAAAACUUAUAAGCACAUCAAUGAGGUGUACUAUACUAAGAAGAAGCGACGGGCCCAGCAGGUCCCUCCAGAGGACAGCAGCACCAAGAAGGAGAGAAAAGUCUACAACGAUGGCUAUGAUGAUGACAACUAUGACUACAUUGUUAAAAAUGGGGAAAAGUGGCUGGACCGCUAUGAGAUAGACUCAUUGAUUGGGAAAGGCUCCUUCGGACAGGUCGUGAAAGCCUACGACCACCACGAGCAGGAAUGGGUUGCCAUUAAGAUCAUCAAGAACAAAAAAGCGUUUCUAAACCAGGCACAGAUUGAACUAAGACUUCUGGAGCUCAUGAACAAGCAUGACACUGAGAUGAAAUAUUACAUAGUCCACCUGAAGCGUCACUUUAUGUUUAGGAACCAUCUGUGUUUGGUAUUUGAGUUAUUAAGCUAUAACUUAUAUGAUCUUCUGAGAAAUACCAAUUUUAGAGGCGUCUCCCUCAAUCUCACCAGGAAAUUCGCACAGCAGCUCUGUACAGCUUUAUUAUUUCUGGCCACUCCAGAGCUGUCAAUCAUCCACUGCGACUUGAAACCAGAGAACAUCCUCCUUUGUAAUCCCAAGAGAUCUGCCAUCAAGAUAGUUGACUUUGGAUCAUCGUGCCAGCUUGGGCAAAGGAUUUACCAGUAUAUACAGAGCCGGUUCUACCGGUCCCCUGAGGUUCUGUUGGGAAUGCCCUAUGACCUGGCCAUCGACAUGUGGUCUCUAGGUUGUAUCUUGGUGGAGAUGCACACUGGAGAGCCCCUUUUCAGUGGUUCCAAUGAGGUCGACCAAAUGAAUAAGAUUGUGGAGGUUCUGGGCGUCCCUCCCAGCCACAUGCUGGAUGCAGCUCCAAAAGCCAGGAAGUAUUUUGACAAACUGUCAGAUGGUUUGUGGACAGUGAAGAAAAACAAGGACAUUAAGAAGGAGUAUAAGCCACCAGCCACACGACGUCUUCAUGAAAUUUUAGGUGUGGAGACUGGAGGACCCGGGGGCCGGAGGGCAGGGGAGCCGGGACACGCCCCCUGUGACUACCUGAAGUUUAAAGACCUGAUCCUACGCAUGCUGGACUACGACCCGAAAAGUCGCAUCACACCAUUCUACGCUCUUCAGCACAAUUUCUUUAAGAAGACGACCGACGAAGGAACCAACACCAGUUCAUCGACAUCCACCUCUCCUGCCAUGGACCACUCCCAUUCAACCUCCACGACUAGCUCUGUUUCUAGUUCUGGCGGCUCCAGUGGUUCUUCCAACGACAACCGCAACUACCGCUACAGUAACCGCUACUACAACUCUGCUGUUACACAUUCAGACUACGAGAUGACCAGCCCUCAGGCUCCCUCCCAGCAGCAGAUGAGGAUGUGGCCAGGUAGUGAAGGUGGAGGUGGGGGUCAGGACCCAGCAUACACCCAGUUGCUGCUCCACAAGCCGGCUGCCUCCCAACAACACCAGCGCCACUUCUUAGAUCCGCCCCAUCACCCCCACCCCACUUACUCCCACCACGGGAACGGCGGGCGCAGCCUGCGGCAGGGUGGGCAGACGGGCAUCGGCGGAGGGGGCGGCCAGCAGGGAUCCUCGCCCCAAAUGAGUGACAGCAUGGAUGUGGGCGUGUCCCUAGGGUUGCACCACCUGGGGGCGGUGUCUUCCAUGGAGGCUUCUCAGUUCGGCUCGGCCUCCCUGCCCCUCGCUCUGCCAAUCGGACUGUCGGCCUUCCGGACUCGGACGGCUCCGACCGCCCCUGGGCCACAAGCCCCGCCCCCUGAGGACUACUACCCUGCCUCCAACAACAAUAACCCCGCUGCAGGGGGCAGAGGGAGGCCGGACUCAGACGAGGGUCCGGCCAACUCUUGAUAAAACCUGAACCAUGCCCUAAAGCCAUACAAUUUUAACUACAACUACUACAACUACACACAUCCAGCCAGAGUUCAGAGACAAAGAGAUGAACUUUGUGCUGCAGGAGACAGUUUGUACUGCAUGAGAGGAGGAAGAGGAGAUGGAGGAGGAGUAAAGAGGAGGAUUCUGGGAAAACUCUUCUUUUAUCCUGUUAUAGGUUUUUUGUCUUUUGAUGCGACUGUAACUGAAAUGAAUGAUUGUGACAAGUUAUUAUUAUUAUUAUUAUUGUUAAUAUUUGAUUUUUCUUUUCUGUGUUUUGAGGAGUUGUGUGUUCUACUUGGUUGUUUGAGCCUGGAGAGGAGGAGGAGAAUGAAGAAGAACGAAGACGAGAGGAAUCAUGCCUUUUUCUUUUCACUCCAUAUGGAGGCAGGACUGGGCGAAGAGCACACAGUCACGGUCAAACUAGUUACAAUCGAGAUCAGAGAAUAGCUUUCACACACCCAUAGACACACAGACACACACAUGCCGCAGAUGAAGGUUCAGAAGACCACAACACUGUAAACAGGACUUGUGGAUUUUCUCUGGUGUCUUUUACAAAGCUUUUAUUUGAAGCGAAUAGCUUCCCUGCAUCGCGGAGAGUGUGUGUUUGUGUGUGCGUGUCGUGUUGGGAGAGAAGAUGAUGGGACACUGAUGCCUUCCUGGCACUCACAGGGAUCUACUUCUCAUCCUCCCCUCAGUCUUCUGCUCUCCUCUCCCUCUACCCCUCCUCCUCCUGGUGUGUUUCUCCUCCAGACAGCUCCUCCUCUCUGUGCUGCUAGUCAUCAUGACAACUGGUCCGGAUUGCUGCUAAAGAUCCAACACAGAUCAAUAAAGAAAUAAAAAAUAGAAACAGAAAUAAAAAAAAAACUUUUUAACCCUUCUGCUUAAGAGAAAAGGAUAAAGUAAGAACCACUGCAUCUCAAUGUAUUUAUUACUAUUUAACAAGAAAAAACAAACUGAAAGUAACCCUUUUUUCUGCUCUUCUUUGUUUGGUUGCCUUCUUUCUGCAGGUGAGCUCUGAUUGGCUAUUGUAACAGUGACAGUAACUGGCGACAAGGGAAUGUCGCUGGUCUU